UGAUACUCGAGAAUAUUCUAUUUAUUUGAUAAUGAUAUGACACCGGAAAAAUAUGAAAUGAAAAAUUACCCUUAAAUUGAAUCCCAAAAUCCCCAUAACCAGCGUUGGACUCUUGGGCUCAUCUCUCCUCCUCUUCAUUCAAUCCUUCUCAUUUCCCAUGGCGAACCCAGAAGAACCAAAAUCUACUUCUCCGGCGGAGAACAACAUGUAUUCAGUGUGGGCCCUCCCUCCGGAUGACGUGGCGCCCAGGCUGAAGAGGCUGAUGCAGUGCCUCCGGGACGAUUUCAGUGGGCCCGAGUUCGAGCCCCACAUCACCGUUGUGGGGGCCAUCAGCCUGACCCCUGAGGACGCCCUCAGCAAGUUCAAAUCGGCUUCUCGGGGCCUCAAAACCUACGAUGCCAAAGUUGAUCGUGUGGCUACCGGCGGCACUUUAUUUUACCAGUGUGUUUUUCUCCUCAUAAAUCCAACCCCUCAGGUGGUGGAAACUAGUGCACACUGCUGUGGCCAUUUCGGUUUCAAUAGCUCCACUCCUUAUUUCCCACACUUGAGCCUCCUUUACGCGGACCUGACAGAAGAAGAGAAGAAGAAAGCUCAAGAAAAAGCCAACAGUCUUGAUGAGAGCAUUGGCAGCCUGAGCUUCCCGGUAACUCGCCUUGCAUUGUACAAAACCGACACCGGAGAUAAAACUCUCAAAUCAUGGGAGAAGAUUGCUGAGUGCACCCUUGAAGCCAACUAGUUCUCUUCUCUUAGUGCACGUUUAUAGGCUUAUAACUUAUGGCCUUCCUGUCAUAUGUUUUAAAUAAACGCUUGGUUUGGAACGUGUGUGUUCCUUCUUUUUUCUAUGAGACUUUAAGCACGAGCCUUUUGACAUGAAUUUAAUGGGAUUUCCGGCUAA